GCAAAGUUCCUUACAGUAAGAGUGGAGGCACUGUUCUAAGUCCAAAUGUUUGCCAAACCAACUACAACAGCUUUCUCCAUUACCAUACAAAACCACCGACGAAGCCAACAAACCAACACUCCCCUCUCCCUCCUCACCAAGUAACCCAGCUCUAAACUGAGAUCUACACUGGACUCAAGUAUGGGGAAAUUAUCAUUAUUCGUCUACUGUACUAGCCGAUUUCAAAAGUAUCUGGACACCUUGGCGCCAAGGCUGUGGAAGUGACCGGCAUAAGUUUAUUCAAGAUCCUGUAUAUUCGACAAAAUAACUAUCCAUGAAAUUUGUUUCCACCCUGCUUCUCAAUACAUUUAGCCAUGGCUCUUGAUAGUUUAGAUAUCUCUUUAUUAACCUCCUCAACAGUAAUCCGAUCCCAUUCCUACUGUAAAAUCACCCUCAUUUCACCUAUACUGUUAAUUCUCUUGUGUCCCGUAUGAGUUUGGAGUCGAGCUUUUUGUGCAUUUGAAAGCGCAUGUCUUCAGGUAUCACUUGCAGUUGAUUUUGAAACACUGAUAACAGUAUGAAUUUCCCGGAAGCUGAUAAGAACCUCGAGACACCGAUAAGCAAUAAUC